UCUGUUUCCCCGCCCUCAGCAGCCCUCCCUCUUCUGCCUGGCACCAGGAGGCUGUUUUUCCAUUCUUUGGCUAGAAAGUUCCACGCCGCUGUUUCUUUCUCUCUUUUUCUGGAGUUAAAUUUGUCUGCAGAUGCCUGUACUUCAUCUGUAGGCGCCUCGAGUUAAGUUUGUUUGUAACUGGGCCCCAGAGCUCUGUGGCUUUCAACCGAGCCCCUGGCACAAAAACAAAGCUGUCAGCGGAACACCGCGGAGGCCACUUCGCCUGCCCUGAGCUUGGGAGAGCAUUUCCAGUGUCUGUGGAGCCCACACUGCUGUCACUCCAUCAGGAAGCCAAGGCCACGGGCUUGCAAGCAGCCCUAGGAGGCACCUGUUCAGUCACUGCAGGAGAUAAAAUGGCGUAGCCAUGCUCCACCAUCGGAUGUUCUCCUGCCUGGGCUCCUUGCUAGUCUCACCAGAAGCCAUCCAUUCUGCCCUCUUCUGCCUCCUCCUGCACAUCCCAUCCCUGACCCGCCAGUCACCAUGGCGGCCUUGAUUGCAGAGAACUUCCGCUUCCUGUCUCUCUUCUUCAAGAGCAAGGAUGUUAUGAUUUUCAAUGGGCUGGUGGCCCUGGGCACGGUGGGCAGUCAGGAGCUGUUCUCAGUGGUGGCCUUCCACUGUCCCUGCUCACCCGCCCGGAACUACCUGUAUGGGCUGACGGCGAUCGGCGUGCCUGCGCUGGCUCUCUUCCUUAUCGGAGUCAUCCUCAACAACCACACUUGGAACCUGGUCGCCGAGUGCCAGUACCGGAGGGCCAAGAACUGCUCCGCUGCCCCCAACUUCCUCCUCCUGAGCUCUAUCCUGGGCCGUGCAGCUGUAGCCCCAGUCACCUGGUCUGUCAUCUCCCUGCUUCGAGGGGAGGCCUACGUCUGUGCUCUUAGUGAGUUUGUGGACCCCUCCUCGCUCAAGGCUGGGGAUGAAGCCUUCCCUCCAGCCCACGCCACGGAGAUCCUAGCCAGGUUCCCUUGUGGAGAGGGCCCUGCCAACCUAUCGGGCUUCCGAGAAGAGGUCAGCCGAAGGCUCAAGUAUGAGUCGCAGCUCUUUGGAUGGCUGCUCAUCGGUGUGGUGGCCAUCCUGGUGUUCCUGACCAAGUGCCUCAAGCAUUACUGCUCGCCACUCAGCUAUCGCCAGGAGGCCUACUGGGCACAGUACCGCACCAACGAGGACCAGCUGUUCCAGCGCACGGCCGAGGUGCAUUCGAGGGUGCUGGCCGCCAACAACGUGCGCCGCUUCUUUGGCUUUGUGGCUCUCAACAAGGAUGAUGAAGAGCUGGUCACCAAGUUCCCAGUGGAAGGCACACAGCCACGGCCACAGUGGAACGCUAUCACUGGGGUCUAUUUGUACCGAGAGAACCAGGGUCUCCCACUCUACAGCCGCCUACACAAGUGGGCCCAGGGCCUAACCGGUAAUGGCGCAGCCCCUGACAAUAUAGAGAUGGCCCUGCUCACUGCCUAAGAGCCUGCUUCUUUGCUCUGUUCAUGGAAUUACUUAGUCACAGACUAACUCCUCAUGGCGCGCACACUUCAGCAUCAGGUGAACUUUUCUGUUAACUAGUGUCAGAUAUGGGCACAAAACAACUAGCAGUUUGUAAAGAUCUGGUGGACCACAUGGUUCACAGAAAUUGAAGUGGGGUGGGGGUGGGGGUGGGG